CGCGCACGUGCUUUUCAAAAUGUAAAUAUUUACUUCGAAUGCAUGGCUUCCCUGAUGGCUCAGAAUGCACGGCAGAAUUAAAAUCUAUUUUUAAACUUCUGUUUCUGUAGUUGAAAAGUGAAAAUAUCAAAAAUGGAAAAGCGGAAAGCCACCCCCGAAGAGGAAAUUCCUUCUGAAGUCCCCAAGAAGAAAUCCAAAAAGCCUUCCCACGACAUAACGGCCGGAACGACGCUCGAACAGGCUUUGCUCGUCAAUCCCAAGCUGGCCCCGAAAAAGUCUAAAAAGAAGAAGAAACCCAAACAGAAGGAGCAAAAAUCGGAAGAAAGUCGAAAAUCCCAACAGCAAUCCGAGAUGCAACAGUACCUGGAAAGGUGGAGCACACAGCGGGAUCAGUGGAAGUUUCAGAAGCGCAUCCAGGAACUGUUGCUGAAACGGGUAUUCGAUGAGAGCUGGGUAGGAGCUGAACUUUGGCCCGUUUUGUUGGAAUAUUUGGCUGGAAUGCAAUCGACCAAUCGACGGGAAAUGCUGUCCAGUCAGGCUCGGGAUGUGAUACGGGAAAUCGAUGAGAAGUCGAAGGAGAGUGGCGAUGAGACGCUACAGCAAACUAGCAGGUAUGUGAGGGCUAGAGAUUUGAUGCAGCAUCUCGGGUAAGGAAUUUAAAUAUAACUGAUUUU